AUGACAUCGAGUAUUUUUGGAGAACAGAAUAUCGUUGAAAAUGACAACGUGACGACCUCUGAAUUUAAGGUAGGUUAUUCGUAUCCUGUAAUAUUUUAAAGGCAUGCCUUUUCUGAAAUGUUAUCACUGACUGACUGGUAAAUAGUUCGAGAGAACCCUUCGGUAAUAUUCAUCGGUAAUUACAUCAGAAAUAGAUCCCGUAUGGCGAUUGCUUUUUUUCAGAUCGGGGAAAUAUUUCCACCAAGCUCCAAAAGUAAAUUAGGCAAAAAUACAUUUUUUGAUUGAUAAGAAACAGAAUGCAAGUCAGGUCUCGCUUGUUAUUUCUUUCAGUCAAGUUAAGGUUGGCGGUGGGAGCGGGGGGGAGGGUGGGGGGUAAGGGAUAGGGAUGGGGGUAGGGGUGAAGCCGGGUAGAAAUGGGUACAGGCCUGUGAUGCAUGAUUUUCUUCGUUUCCGAGUGGAGAAGGGAGAAAUAAACAACAGGAAAAACUACGAAACAUAAGUCAUGACAAAAAAAUCUGUAAAGCCAAAGCUGUUUAGAUUGAGUUUGCAAAUAGGUGGUUUUCACGUUACGUCAUCGCCGCCAUGCUGGUGGACGGUAAACAAAAGAUCGCUCAUUAGUUCGCUUUGUUUGUCCACCAGCAUUUGUCCAUUUCACCAUUGUUAUUUGUGUCUCCCGAGAUUGCAUGAAAACCACCUAUAGUCUAGACAAUCAAUGCAAUAGUCUAGACAAGUGAGGUUUAUGAACUGAAUGGAUAAAAUGAAUUGACCACAGUUAGGUUAGGGGAGUCACAUACUGAUGAUAUGAGAGCUAGCAAUUUAGUUUCAAUUGUUAUUAUUUCAUAGCCUAAUGUAAAAAUAAUUAAUACUUUUUUUAUUUCCCUCUAUAGGCACCCAAGUGUCUGGAAUUUUUUGACAAAUGGAGAUUUUGUGCAUGUAAGUGUUCCAUGGUAUGACAACAUUAGACUACUUGUAGUAAUCAAGCAAAACCACAUAAGCGAAACAACCUAACACGUGAGCAAAAUGAUUUAAGACAUAAGCGAACAGGACGUAGGUGAAACGACUCGUUGGUGAAAUGACCGUAAACCAAUGAUGAUAAUAAUGAUGGUGAUGAUGAUGAUGAUGAUGAUGAUGAUGAUUAUUAUUAUUAUUAUUAUCAGUUUAUUAUGUAGGUAUUAUUAGUAUUACUGGUAAAAUUAAUUUUUUGAUAAUACUUUUCAUCAGCCUCCAGGAAUCAGUUUCAUCAGUAUUAUAUAUAUGGAAAGUUUCAGGACUGCUCAGUGUUUAGAAAAGCCAUGAUGAGUUGUAUACGUUACAAAACUACAAAGUCCCCAGAAGAUAGGGUAUGUUAAUGGAAUCUGUGUUUCUGUAAAAGUAUUCACUGGAAAUGUAGAUCAAAAUGUAGAUCCCCCCUUUCCCCUUCUAUUUUAAUUUUUAUUUAAAGUAAUAUUUAUUUUAAGUGUGUGAAAUGCAUUAAGGGAGAAACAAGACAAAAUGUUAUAGUACUAAUACAUUACAGCUUAACUGACAGACAGGUCAGGUCAAUAACCAGAGCUUAAUAUAUGGCUACAAUAGUAUGCGCCCUCUGAUCAGCGGCAGAGCAGGCAAGAUUUCCUUGUAAUGACUGGGCAUUAUUAGCUGGGUGUUCAAGGCAUAUACAAUCUUUGAUAGUGGGCGUCCAUGUUAUGGUCAAUUGACCAUAAAUACCUUUAAGGACCUCACUUGGUUAAGAAGUGUUAUUUAAUACCAUCAAAUGUCGCGAUACAACAUCAAAUUGACUCUGAAGUUGACUACCGCACAGGUUGUCGAAAUGUCGGUCACUGUCAACAACAGUCCUAUUCAGGACUCCAUACCCAAACAAUCAUAUUCCACCAACUUAUGAAAUGACUCCUGGCUUAAAACCUUUCACUGUUAGUUCACAGUACAAAUACAGUAAGACAAUUUGGAAGAAAACAACAUUUCUUGAAGUCAUUAUUGCUCAGUAUUCUUCCAUUUUUUUAAAGAGUUGCUUGUAGCAAACCAAACAUUCUCAAGGGAUCAACAAACUGUCAUGAUUUAUUUGUUUUGCAGAAUUUUAUGAUUGAAGUCCUGAGAAUGAAUGAAAUUAAGUUCACGUCAUCGACAGUGUGGGAAAAAAGAGAGAACCCUCGUGAAUACUGGAAUAGCGGUAAAGAAUAAAGGCAUCGGAUCAUGAGUUGGCUUACAAACGCGAAAAGCAUAGGAUCAAAAUUCUUAAGUGGAAAAGAACACAAGUUGUUACGAAAGGUCUUUCAACUGCCGCCUUACGGACAACUCGCCAUUACGCACAAGAGUUAAAACUUCCGUUAUCCAGGAAGUCAAUCAAAGUUCCACAGACUUUUUUUAACAGAAACCCCCAACUGGAGAAUGUGAACGAGACGUUGUCAUGGCAACGCCAGGAAGAUAUAAUUAGUUACUCUUUAGUGGACAUUUAUAAAUUUAAAAAGCUUAUGAUUUGCUCUAAGAAAGGUUCGCGUAUGAAAGAAGGGAUAGCGUUAGUGUGGAAAAUAAACACGUGACUGAGAAAUCAAACACAUUGAAGGUAAAAACUAGAAAACGCUUCGCCGUGAACGAAAAAUAGACUUCCAAUCCACUCUAAAUCACACUGAAACGGGAUCGCGAGCCAGUUUACUCUGGGCUUCAACUGAUGCAACGUAGCGGAAAGUUCUUGUCACGCAAAAGUUAAAUUUAGAAGGAAACUGGCGAAAGAGCCAGCGCCUCCUCCCCUCGUUUUUGGAUUCAAACGAAAAAGAAUUCCAGACCCCACCGCCCCCCUCCUCAAUCCUAGAACAGAACAGGAACUUUAUCAACCUCAGAGUACCUAAUGGCACAUGUGUUAAUCACAUAAUAAAGAUUACAA